CGGGAAAGCGAGACAGCAGGCAGGAAGGUUGGCACAUUAACACGAGUGAGACUCUCCUCCCGCCGUCCCAGCCACCCUCGGCUCCUGGGUGGCAGCGGAGGGGGCGUUUGCCGGCGCGGCGGGUUGCGGACGGCGGCUGGCGGGUGCGCCCGGGACCCGCGCCCGCGGAGCGGCGGGCUCCUGAGCGCAGCCUCCCUCUCUUUUAUGAGCUGCGAGGCGGCGGAGCGGCAGCGGGGGACACCAGGAGGAGCAUUUCUUCCCCGGGGUUUAUGAAUGGCACUGACAUGGAGGAAAUACCGUUUCAGAAAGUCAAGACCAAGAGGAAGAAAUGCUGCCACUGCUGCUGCUCCCCGCCAGCUGCCGCGGCGUCGGGAGCGGGAGCCGGGCUGGGGGACCCUCCUCCCUUGCUGCUGCUGGAUGCCAUCGCCUGCGAGGACGAGUUUGACUGCAAGGAGCUGGAGGCUCUCUUCCAGAGCUACAACCUGAAGCUGGAGCAGACGUCCACCCUCAAGGCGCUGGCCGUCCUCAUUGUGCUCACCGCCAGCCUGGCCCUGGUGGAGCUGCUCUCCGGCCCCAGCCUGACCAUCUCCAAAGGUUCGCACCCAGUGCACUGCAUCAUCUUCCUCUCCCUCUUCAUCGUCACCAAUGUCAAGUACCUGCAGGUCACCCAGCUGCAGCAGAUCGUCAAGCUCACCUUGCUCUUCAGCUUCACCUUCUCCUUCCUCUGCUGCCCCUUCUCGCUCGGCGCCUACGGUAUGGAGCCGCCCAGCGCCCCCGAGCAGGGCAUGUGGCAGCUCAUGCUGGUAACCUUCGUGUCCUACUCACUGCUGCCCGUCCGGACUCUGCUGGCCAUCGUCUUCGGGCUGGUGGUGUCCGUCUCCCACCUCAUCGUUACCGCCACCUCCGUCAGUGCCAAGAGGCAGCGGCUCUGGAGGACGCUCGUGGCCAAUGCAAUACUUUUUGUCAGUGUAAAUUUGUAUGGGGUCUUUGUGAGGAUUUUGACAGAAAGGGCUCAGAGGAAGGCAUUCCUUCAGGCCAGGAACUGCAUUGAGGACAGGCUGAGGUUGGAGGAUGAAAAUGAAAAACAGGAACGUCUUUUGAUGAGUCUUUUGCCCAGGAAUGUUGCAAUGGAAAUGAAGGAAGAUUUCCUGAAGCCUCCUGAAAGGAUUUUCCACAAGAUUUACAUUCAAAGGCAUGACAAUGUGAGCAUUUUGUUUGCAGACAUUGUGGGGUUUACUAGUUUGGCAUCACAGUGUACUGCCCAAGAGCUAGUGAAGCUACUGAAUGAACUUUUUGGAAAAUUUGAUGAAUUAGCUACGGAAAAUCAUUGCAGAAGAAUAAAAAUCCUAGGGGACUGUUACUACUGUGUAUCAGGAUUGACCCAGCCCAAAACAGAUCACGCCCACUGCUGUGUCGAAAUGGGACUGGAUAUGAUUGACACCAUCACAUCUGUUGCAGAAGCCACAGAGGUUGAUCUCAACAUGAGAGUUGGAUUGCAUACAGGCAGGGUGCUUUGUGGGGUCCUGGGUCUCCGAAAAUGGCAAUAUGAUGUCUGGUCAAAUGAUGUGACUUUAGCUAACGUAAUGGAAGCUGGAGGACUGCCUGGGAAAGUUCACAUUACAAAGACCACCUUAGAGUGCCUAAAUGGGGACUAUGAGGUAGAACCAGGAUAUGGUCAUGAAAGAAAUAGUUUCUUGAAGAAGCAUAAUAUUGAAACGUAUUUUAUUGUGCCAUCCCAUCGUAGGAAGAUAUUUCCUGGACUGAUUCUCUCAGACAUUAAGCCUGCCAAAAGAAUGAAGUUCAAGACAGUCUGCUAUCUGCUUGUUCAGCUCAUGCACUGUCGUAAGAUGUUCAAAGCAGAGAUCCCUUUCUCCAAUGUCAUGACGUGUGAGGAUGAUGAUAAGAGGAGAGCAUUAAGGACAGCCUCUGAAAAACUCAGGAAUCGUUCCUCUUUUUCUACCAAUGUUGUAUACAACACUCCAGGAACUCGAGUAAACAGAUACAUCAGCCGCUUGAUAGAGGCCCGGCAAACUGAGUCUGAGAUGGCUGACUUGAACUUCAUUACUCUGAAGUAUAAGCAAACUGAGCGUGAAAAUAAAUAUCACCAGCUUCAAGACGAGUACUUCACCAGUGCUGUAGUUCUCUCACUAAUUCUAUCUGCCUUAUUUGGCCUUGUCUACCUUCUAAUAAUACCACAGAGUACCGUAGUUCUUGUUCUCCUGGUGUUCUGCAUAUGCUUCCUAGUGGCUUGUAUUAUGUACCUACAUGUCACACGAGUACAAUGUUUUCCAGGGUGCCUGACAAUACAAAUUCGUACCAUUUUGUGUAUUUUUAUUGUGAUCUUAAUAUACUCCGUGGCUCAAGGAUGUGUGGUUGGCUGCAUGCCUUGGGUUUGGAAUACCAAUUCCAGCAGCUCAAUAGUUAUAAUUUCUCCUGGUGGAACAAAUAAAACAAUGAAUGAACUUCCAUGUGACACAGCCCACUAUGCUUUCCUUUCCUGUGUAGUGGGGACUCUCACCUUGGCAAUAUUUCUACGAGUAUCUUCCUUGCCAAAAAUGAUUCUCCUGCUUUUUGUUACCAUUUUGUACAUAGUUAUUCUGGAACUCAGUGGUUACAGAAAAGCAUUGGGGGGUGGCUCCUUUUACAUGCGUGGCUAUGAACCAAUACUAGCUAUUCUGCUUUUUUCUUGUGCUUUGGCACUGCAUUCAAGACAAGUGGACUUGAAACUGCGUCUGGACUACCUCUGGGCUGUGCAGGCAGAAGAAGAGAGAGAUGAUAUGGAGAGAGUCAAGCUGGAUAACAAAAGAAUUCUCUUCAACCUGUUGCCAGCACAUGUUGCACAGCACUUUCUUAUGUCUAAUCCAAGAAAUAUGGACCUUUAUUACCAGUCAUAUUCACAAGUAGGAGUGAUGUUUGCUUCCAUCCCAAACUUCAACGAUUUCUACAUCGAAUUGGAUGGCAAUAAUAUGGGAGUGGAAUGUUUACGCCUGUUAAAUGAAAUUAUUGCUGAUUUUGAUGAGCUUAUGGACAAAGAAUAUUAUAAGGACAUAGAAAAGAUCAAGACAAUUGGAAGUACAUAUAUGGCAGCUGUGGGACUCGUACCUACUUCAGGAACUAAGGCUAAAAAAUCAAUUUAUUCCCAUCUGAGUACACUGGCAGAUUUUGCAAUAGAGAUGUUUGACGUUCUUGAUGAAAUCAACUAUCAGUCCUACAAUGAUUUUGUCCUGCGCGUUGGUAUUAAUGUUGGGCCGGUAGUAGCAGGAGUCAUUGGAGCCAGAAGACCACAGUAUGAUAUCUGGGGGAACACUGUAAAUGUUGCCAGCCGGAUGGAUAGUACUGGAGUACAGGGAAAAAUUCAGGUGACAGAAGAAGUUCAGCGGAUAUUAAAAAGGUGCAGUUAUGAAUUUGUGUGCAGGGGUAAAGUCAGUGUAAAGGGAAAAGGCGAAAUGUUGACCUACUUCCUGGAAGGAAAGGCUGAUGGAAAUAAUUCCCAAACACGGUCUUUAAACUUAGAGCGGAAAAUGUACCCUUAUGGGAGGGCAAACAUCCAAACAAAACUAGGCACCAGCUGUCCAUCGGUGUCCUCAGCUGCUAGCUUUACUGCAAAACCUGGGCUUGGAGCAGGUCAAGCGUCUGCCACUCACACAAAUCAAACACUGCAUUAUCUUCCUUCUGUGCCAGCUGUGAAGGAGGCAUAGAACAAAGGAGAUUUGGUUGUGCCAUCUGCAGUGAACUUGGAGAGCAAUGGUUGACUGAAUUUUUACCAAGAGGUCAGAGGUCAUAGGCCAUGGCAUUAACCAAGGACCACUACAACCCAACCAAAGAGAACUUGGGGACUCUGUAACAAACUCUUGGGAUGGAACAUAUAAGGGCUAGCAAUUCUGUUAGGAAAAGUCAAAAUGAGAUUUUCUGGAAAUGAGGAAUAUUUUCGUGGCAUUUUUAAAGGGUAGUUGAAAAAAAUUAGAUAUAUGUGCAAGCAAUUAUUUAUGUGUGUGUGUAUAUAUAUGUUUUAAUCUAUAUAUGCACAUAUACAAACAGUUCGGAGUAGACUUAAUAGAGAUUUAUAGAGAUAAACAAAAAAUGUGUAUUUAUUUACACAUCCACCUGCAAUGACAUAGUAAAGAGAUUUCUUUCUGUCAUAGCCAGCAUUGUUGGGCCUGGGAUUAGGAAAGCAUCAUUUCACUGUGGAAUAUGGGGCACCUGAAGACUCUUCAGGGCUACGGCAAGAGUUAGAGAAACUGUGCUCCCAGUGCAUGAGUUAAAGCAAUGAGAACAGUGUUUAUUGUGCUGUCAAUGGCAGGUUAAUGAAGGCUGGAUUCAGCUUAUUACUAAACUCUAUGUUCUCCUUGCAUGCUUCAAAAAAUUCUGAUCAAAGCAUAACACUAGGAUAUGAAGUAGGUAAACCACACAGCUUAAAGUUUAGGCAGAAGAACAAUAUAUAUUCUUUCCAUUAAAAAAAAAAAAAAGGGUGGUAGAGUUUAGAAGUUACUGCCUCUUUGUAGGUCAUUUGACUCUGUGCAAGACAGAGGAGCCACCCUGCAAGCACAGCAAUAUGCUUAUGCAAUAUAGAAACAUUCCUUUAUGUAUAAUGCUGAUUUUAUUGAGGAGCAGAAGGAUGGUAUUAUUUCAGGCUUUUAGAAAGAGCACAGGUCUGGCUCAGUUCCAGGAUUAGCUUUACCUUUCUAAACAGCUCAAAGAAUAGUCCUGUACUGGUGCCAAAAAUGCUGUUGCUAGUUUUGUGACAUUUGUAUGUUUGCCAACAUAAUUUUACAUCUUAACUGAUUUUUAAAUUUAUGCCACAGUUUUAUUAUAUCUUGGUUCUAUCCAGGCUCACUCUUCAAAGUUGUACAAUUAUAGAAAGCUAUAAUUCUGGGAAACAAGCAGUCAAACUUUGCCCAAAUAAGGAGCAUGGGUAAGGGUGCCAGGAGAGUGAGGCCUGCUCUUAAUCUGCAUAAAAGGGAACAUAUUUUGACUGCUUUUUUCUUUAAUGCAGCCCACAUCCUUUUGUUCAUGGUUUCAUCUUGAAAUGCUGACUUGGAUAUGAAAUGUGGAGUGCAUCUCUGUACUCGAGGUGGGGGAAGUUGGAGGUCAUGCUACUGAGUGACAUGUACUCUAUAGACAGGUGCCAUACUGUCCUGAUGGGGAUUCACAGGUUAACUAACCUCACUGCUUUCCAAAAGAGAAGCAAAACUUUACAUCAUCUAAAAGAAUGCAAAAUGUCCUUUUAACAAAAAAAAAAAAAAAAAAAAAAUCCCCAUUUCCCCUGCCAAAAUGUGAAGACCAAAAACCACCACCACGACCAACAAAAUGAAAAACCCCACUCUAGACUACAGAAUUUGUCCAGAUUGUACAAUAGAAAACUUGUGUAUAGAUGUCGCAUUUCCCUUUAGAGGGCCAAUUUUAUUACACGUUUCAGUGGAAAGAAGAUUCUGAGUGAUUCUUCUGCAAUAAGCUUUUGCUUUGGAACAGUCACUGUUUGUGUCAAAAGUAUAUGGACAAAUACUGUGUCAGCAGAUGCAAAUAGUUUUAGAAAUGUUACAGGAAUUCCUGUUCUUCAUGUAGCCACAUCAGGCUACUGUGGGACUCCAGUGGUUUUCAGCAGGGUUUUAAAUUAAUUUUUAUGUACCCUGUCAGCAAGGUGCUUCAUGCAAAGCCAGGAAAGUUAGUGUUGUGAUUACAGUGACUAUAAAAACCUGAGAACUGCUUCUUAACUGUACUGUACAGGGUGUCUGCAUCCUGGUUGAUCUGUAGAAAGAUUUCUUUAUCUCCCUAAUCACUAUCCAGUUCACAGUUAUUUUCUAGAAUAAUUUGUUUCCGGUUUUGAGGCAUCCAAAGCCAUUUAAAUAAAUACAUGUAGAGAAUGCAGAUACAAAAGAACAAAUAUUUACAUAAUUAAACUGAAUAAGUGGUAUUCGUGUAAAUCACACUGCAUAUUUGUGUUGUCAAAUUAGUUUUUAAGAACUAAAUUAUCAUGCAGUUAAGUUAAAUAUUUAACCAAGUCAGAAAGCAUUAUGUGCAAUAGCAUUAAUCACUCAGUUCCACUCUUAAAGAUUCCAUGCUACACAAUUUUUGAAUCAGUGAAUGUGGUAUAAUUUCAGUGAUAAUAAUAGAAUAAAAGAAUCUUCAGAUUUUAGCAGCAGAUCUGUUAGUACAUGAACACAUCAAACAGAUACACUCAUUGACUGACCCAAAAGUUUGUAAUGAAAUUAUUUAUUUGUUAUGCUUUUUAUUAGGCCCAAGAUAUAGGCAUCUUGCCAUUGCUUCUUUGAUCACUGAAUGGUCAGUGAGCAGAAACAGAUUGUCCCCUCUGCUAAUAUUUUUGUGACUGUUCACAUUCACAGACCCAUUCCCAGCCUGCUAAUGUCACUGGGAGAUCAGGUAGCAAGGUAAAUUUGGAUUAUUUAUUUUGAAAUAUAAGCAGGUGUUAGUAGAAAAGGUCUGAAGAUUUUCUAAACCAGACCCUCCUUUCCAACAGCCAAAUGAGGCAUGUGACUUUUGUAAGAGCAUUUUCCACGUCGAAUGGAAAGGACCAGACAGGAACAGUCCAUCAUCAGCUUCUCAUUGGGCACUUUUGCAGGAGGUUUGUGCCUCUCAGAGCAGGUUGAGUGGACCAGGAUGGCUUCUUGGUAGUGCAGGCAAGCUAAUGCACGUAUGCGAUCUUACAGCAUCAAUUAUGGUGUAUUUGGAGUCAGUUUCCAGACUUUUGAGUCAUAGAAUCAUGAAAUGGUUUGAGUUGGAAGGGUCCUUAAAGACCAUUUAAUUCCAAUUCCACUGCCAUAGGCAGGGGCACUUCCAAUAGGCCAAGCUAACACUAUUCUCAUUAGGUUCAUCAUCAUUAAUAUAAUUAUCCUAUCAUUAAUGUAUUUCAUAUUUUUGUUAUGGUUGUUGUUGCUGGUUGUACUGUGAGGAAAACUAUAUAUUACUAUGUAGUCCUUGACUGAGUAGUACAAAGUCAUGAAAAAAGUUCAGCCAAGGCACAAAUUAGUAAAAAAUCAUGUGAAAAUGACAGGCAGUAUUCAGCAGCCAUUUCAACAGGGAAAGCUAAAUGCCCAUUGAAAUCAUGAUAUGUUGCAGCUGUGCUUUUACCUUUAUGCUUUCCCUCCCUAUUCAUAUAAUUUUCCCCAUUUUCCUCUUCUGUGUAAAUUUGUUUAACCCCAGCUCUUGUGUGACAACUUUAAAUAACGUACAUAAUUUCUCUGCUCUUCUGCAUUCUUUGACAUGUCCGUAGGUUUCAUAUGUGGAAAGAGGGGGAAAUAUAUAUGGAAGUAAUAUUUCCAAAAACUCUACAAAUGCACAUUUUCUGCCAAAUUAGAUAAGCUUGUAAUCAAAUUUUUAUUGGCAAUUGACCUAAGAUGGUAUGUGGAAUUUGUAUUGUGUCCACCUUACUGCAUAAAGUUGUAUUUCUUAUCUUGCAUACAUUAAUUUUCUGGUCAAGCACUUAACUUUUGCCUGGCUGACCUUGCUGUAGCCCCAUCAAGGAGUCAGCUCUGCAUCCUCGCAACUAAAAGUCCCUUACAUUUAUCUGAGGAUAGUAACUUGUUGCACUGUGGGCAGAACGUCCACCUGUCUCCUGUACUUAUGUUCACUGUUUUGUGCAGCAGUUAUCUUGAAACAAUUAACAGAUAUAAGCCCUAAAACAAAGUGAUGCCAUUUUGGCAUGUCAGUGUCUGUCAACAGCAAGCACAAUAUUUCACAAUAGUUUGCACGUUUUCUCUUUCAGAUAAUAGUAAUAAUUGAAGUCUUUCAUUCUUUAUAUAAGGAUAUAAGUAUCAGAGAUCUUUCUGAGUGUUUCUAUAGUACCUUUGUCUUCAAAUGAUUUUUUAAUUAUUAUUCUCUGCUGAGAUUGCAGGCUGGUGUUCCAUUGAAUUACUGGCUAGAUAUUUCCAAAUGUAUUCCAUUUACAUUGACUAGAAAGCUAUUUUAUCCAGCCUGUAAAAUGCACUAGAUUUUUGUAGCUGCUUCCCACUGGGGCAAGUCACACACCCUUAUCUUCACCAAAACACAUGUGAACACAAAGCUCCCUUGCUUUCUUUAGGUGAGACCAAGAGACAAAAUCUUCAGCUUGUUAGGGCUGUACCCACAGGGUACCCACAGGGCUGUACCCUUGUGUACCCACAGGGCCUGCAGCAAUCACCAGGAGUUUAGCAUGCUUGUGAAGGUCAGGAAUUGAGCUUCUGUAGGGCAAGUUCUACUUUGGAUUAUAAUGAUGUCUCAUGUCAGUACUGAACUGAACAUUUUACAACACUGUAACCAAGAGUAGGUCAUGCACCUGAAUCUCUUUCACACUUUUGCCUGUAAUUUAUCUGUAGGGCAAAAUAAAGUACUUGGGAGUCACUGUUUUAAGGGAAAUCUGUGCCAUUUCAGUGCUUUGAGGAGUCUGAACACAUUAGUAAGUAGCAUGAACCAUUUUCAUUGGAUUCCUGCUUGUAGCAGAAACAGUGCAUUUUCUUUACAUCAGCAAGUCCAGAUUCUGUAUGUGUUCUGCCCAGGCAGGAGGACUAUUUAGCCAUAAUGUUCUUUCAAGUUAAGGGUUUUGUAUUACAGUGAAAAUCAACAUUUUUUAAUUUGUGAUAAAUCUGUAUUAUAAUGCCUUAUUUAUUUUUAAUCUUGUACAGUGUUACAAAACAACAGAAAACAUAGGCCUUUCAUGUAUUAUUCACUUUAAAAGAUGUAUUGUACUAUGAAAUUUUGUAAAUAGUUUUAGCUUGGACAGGUAAUUGCAUGUACACUUGUAUAAAAAGAGGCAAAAAGGCACACUUUUAACAAAAAUUAAUGACUUUUGUAAGAGACAUUUUACAUGUGCAUGAAGAUUAUAUAUCCUUUGAAAAUGUAUGUCCUUUUGGUUUUCCUUGCAAUCUACUGCAUGCCAUUCAUGCCUGAUUCAGUAAAACAAAACGAACCAGUAAAUUUUCCUAAAUGUUUUUAACAUAUCACUUCUGGCACAGUUAAUCCACUAGUUGCAUGUGCAUUCAGCAAAUCAAAAUGCAAACAGCAAAUAAAGAAGAAAAAUAACUUAAUGAUUGCGAUCUGCCAACCUCAGUGUUCCAAGGUCCACAAAACAGUAUAUGAAAAGUGUUAUCAACAUCUAAGAUGUCUUCAUAAGGUACCUUCUGGUCACUAGAAGCAAUAAACUACUUACUGUAAUAUAAAAAGCAAACAGAUAUUCUAGUUCAUAAUGGUGUAAUAUCUGACAUUCAAUGGGUAUUGUCUGAUACUGCAUUUGAUGUAGUAUUUUCAUCAUGAAGGACCAAGUGUCAAAUCUGUCCUUGCUGUAUGCAGGUGCAACACUAUGGAAGGUAAGGGAGGUGAAUUUGGCCCAUUGAUGUUACCCAGAGUAUUCUUCUAAUGUGGUAAUAAGUUAUUGUAUGUGAAAAGUACAUCAUGCAAAUACGUUGUUUUCCUGGAUACAUACAUAUAUAUAUGUAUGUAUAUUUUUUAUAUAUAUAAAUUAAUUUUGUUGCCUUAUUUUUGUUAGCUUUUUUACUCAUUUUCCAGAUAGUUUCUAUUGCUAAGCAGAAAGUAUUUAACUAAUCUAUUAGGAUUCAUUGAAUUUAUCUGGCUUUGAGUCAUCUGUAUUCUGUGCUGAUGCCAUCCUUACAGUGAUGCCUCCCUUAGGCAUCACAGCCUAACCCUCAGCUUGAGGCCCAUGUCAGCUAGUGACAUAGAAAUAAGAAAUCAGUAUCCAGUCCUCUAUCUGAUUUUUUUCCAUAAUGCUGCUAAACAAAACUUCAAAUUCUGGAGGUAUUUUGCAUGCCUCGUUUUUAAAUUUGUCACAUCCAUGUCACUACAGCUCAGGAUUACUUCUCAAAUUACUUAUAUAAUUGCUGUAUUAUAAAGGAGGAUUGUUGGAGGAGCAUAACACUGAUUCUGGUGGCAAAGGAGAAAGAGCAUGGAGUAUGAAUACUUUCUGCUUUGGAUAAGGACUUCUUGUAUUUUACAAUUUGAGCUAGUUUUAUAAUAGGACUCAGAAAUCUGUUAAUUUGUUUGUUUAAUCAGGUGAUUGUAGGGUUAAUUAAGCAGUACAGCUUCUGCAAGUACUUUUGCCAUCCUGAAUUAAGAUGCAUAUUCAUACAAUAUAUCCCUGUUGCCUGCAUACAAGAAUCACUACCUUGUACUGAUGAUUGGCUUCAUUACAGUACUAACAGUCAUAAACUAACUUCUCUCAAAUUCAGUGGGUUUUACAUUUCAGUGUAGCAUAAUUGUUGUGAAUAAUGACAAUCUGGACACUGCUUCUCUACCCCAACCCUGUUUAUGAUUGGCUUUUUCCAGAACUCUGUGUAGGCUAUUUUUAGCUCUUUGAUCCUUUUAGUCCCACCUCUCACUGAGUUUUCAGCCAAAUCUAAAAUACAUUAAUGUAAAUAAAUAUUAAAAGUAUGAAAAGUAUAAAAAGUAUAAACGGAGGGGCUGCUGUUGCUCUUUAAUUACUCUUUAAAAGUACCACACUGCUUAGGUGGCCUGGAUGUGACUUACAGUCUGAUUGGUGCAAGGACAAAAACAAGGAAAGAAAUAAAAAAAGAAGGACAAAGUUAGCAAGAGUAGAAAAUAACAAAAAAAGAAACCUGUGAGAUAGCAGUUGCUGAAAGAAAAAUUUGAAAGGCCAUUAGUCCUUUGGAAGUCAGUGGUAAAACAUGGAAUAGGUCUGGAGUAUCUGAGCUAGCAGAGUACUCAACAGGAUUCAUAGUAAAACAAAAAUAAGCAUUGUAUUUAACUGCAUGGCCAGUUCCAUUUCCAAGCUUUUGUGUCAGUUCACAUUUACAAGAGUGUCCAAGAUCUCUUGGUGAACUACUUUCAGAAUUUCAGAAGGAAUAAUUAGAUAUAGCUUGGGGUUGUCACCUUUAAUGCCUAUUUUCUGAUCAUGAGAAAGCACUUUGAAAUUUGAAUUAGUAUUGGUUAACGUACAUAACAUAUGUGCUGAAAGGACUUGGUUUUGCUUGUGCCUUACUGCAUGCUGGAGGAUCUGUUUCUUCACAUUAGGAUCCCCUUUUUAUGCCUUCAGUGGCAUCAGACAUGUCAGACCUGCAUAAAACUGAAGGAAGAAACAGUGUUGCAUCACUGUGAAGCUUUUUUUCUAAUUCCUUUCCUACUUUGGUUUACUAUGAAUACAGCUGUGUGGAUGCAAGGAGUGCUCCAAUUAUUUGUGGAGGGUACCCAUACACAGGUAUACAUGUGGGUCCAAGCUAAAGAAGGAUAGAUUUCCUAGAAAGCUCAGCAAACACAGUGAGCCCACUUGUGUAGAAAAUCUGUCCAGAUAGUUUGGAGCUCCUUUGAAAAACUUGGCUGCCCUGCUCUUUAGAACAGGCUUAUAUUGCAACAUGUUGACUAAAAGCAUCCAGGACACUUACCCACAGCUUGUAACUGCACUGUCACAUUUGCUAGAUGUAGGUUAGCCUGCUGGUAGUAAAACAGCUAACAGUUCUUGUUGUGGGCUAAAGUGGGCUUUAAGUACUGUGGUUAUGUGCACUAUCGUGUCUUACUUUCAAGUGCCUGACCUUCUGAUUUAAUCCUAGACCUGUCAAUACUGGCAUCAGUUAUGAAAAAUUUCAGCUGGCACAUCCAAUUUACUUAGGCGAUUUCUCAUGUCUUUUGCUCUUUAGUGCACACAGGUGCAAAGGUUUUGUGUUCUUAGACUUCAAAUGCCAUUUGGGCAAUAUAUCAAUUUUCAAUGAAAUGUAGAUGAAUAUUAAUUACCUGUGGCCUCACAAAAUUGCUUCAUGAUAAUUAUAUUUUUAAUCGCUACAGUAGAAAUCCUUCUUUGCUUGGAUUUCCUACUUUUUUAUUGUAACAUUAGUGGGGUUCAAUCAGGAAAAAACAAUAAGCAAAGUGAUUGCAUUUGGACUAACCAAAUGAUGAGUUUGUUUUCUACAUUCAAGCAGCAGGUCAUUACAUGGAGGUAGCUUUGAAAAAUGUUACAAGAAGAAUGACAGCAAUGCUUUUAGAGUUACUGUUUUAAAAACCAGAAUCCAAGAACAGUUACCAUUUCUAGCAUAAAUAACUUAAUACAGAGAAUCUUAGAGCAAUGAUAUUAUUUUCAGUGAAAUGCUCACAGAGGUUAAAAACCUCUUCUUGGAGAUUCUUUUUCCAUAAUAUACUUGUCUGUGUGCAAGCUAUUCCUUUGUACAUGGAAUGUGGAUAAUGGUGCAAAACAGUAGUAAUACAUACAUUUCAGAGUUUCUAGCAGAUUCAGCCAAAUUUGACCCAUUGCUUAAAAUCCCUGUGGCUAAAACUUGUGUCACAACUGACAUCUGUCUGGAUUUUAUCGUGCUGGUAAGCUCUUGAAUUCUUGCUCUCCGGAGGUUAAUUUCUGCCCUUCUGGUAUAUCAUUAUACAUUCUGCUUGGAAAUGAGAUGUUAAAUAUUUUUCCAAUCUGUUAAUUUAAAAGAUUUAAAAGUGUUUUAUAAUUAAUGUUCAGCAGCCUAAGGUAGGAAGCAAAAGACCACAUGAAGCAUGUAUUCUGCAAUCAAAAUUAGCCUGCCUACACAUGAUGACAGACUACAUUGUAGGCUUAUCCAUAAUUUUUAGCACCUUAUAUAUAUUUAAACGCAAUAAAUACCAUAGCACUAAGAGCAGAAGGAGCUGGGCACACCUACCUGCCUCUUAACACCACAUAAGUCUUUAGAUGUAAAAAUGUGACCUGCAGCUUCUUGAGAGAUUGGUGCCCCUUCUACCCUUAACUCAUCUUCACUGUGCCAUCAUAUAUUUGUGUAGGUGUUUACUGUCCACUCAGGCCUGCUUUACCAUCUCCUUGUAUAGGUCCUCCACCACAUGGCUGUCAAAGUUCAUUUUCAAAAAGAAAAUAUAUUUUUAAAAAGUAGACUUUUUCAUAUAAUAGAUGUUUAGGGGAAAAGAAAUAGCUUUGACAUAAUCUGGGUAGGAAGCAGUACAUGUGACAGCAACCCUGAAAGCACAAGUGGCGGGAAUGCAGGUGCCAGCAGCUGGCAGCAAGCUGGGCAGUGAGGCUUCAACCUGCCAGCAGCAGGCAGAGCAGCAUCUCUGUCCCAAAGAAGAGGCAUAGAUAAGCAAGAGGGGGGCAGCCUAAUUCAUGUUCCCUAGCAGUUUACCAAACCUGUGCAAACCUAUAGGUGCAAACCUAUAUUAGUUGCAAACCUAUUUCAAGAGCAGUUAUGUUGUCUGUGCCUGGAUGCCACUCUCUAUUGAAAUCUUAGAGCGAGGAAAGAUACUGUCUUGGAGUAUUACAAAGCUGGUUGAAAUGAAAGAAGUAGAAUCUUAUCAGCUGCUUAACCUGCAGAUGUUUGCAGCAAAUUCUGCGUUGCUUCUGAACUAACUUGAAUAUUUGCUUGGGCUUUGUGGAAAAAGCAUUAUUUGCAUCCAGUAGAGAUAUUCCAUUCCUCAAAGGGAAAACCAAAUGUAUUAUUCUCUCUAUUUAAUUGGCAUUAAAGGUUUCAGUAGAAUUUUUAUUCCUCUUUACAGCCCAGUAAAAAUAAUGAAAAUAUUAGCAUCAGUGAUUAUUGAAUUAUUAGAUUAGGCCUUAUUCUAGUGACUAUUCCUCCCCUACUGGUGUCAGAUAGGGUGUUACAGUGACUUCAAGGGGACCAGGAGGAGAUCCACUGUAUCACAAAAGAAGCAUCUACAUAGGUAAAAUGAAUAGUCCUAACUCUAAGGAAUGAACUAGUAAGUCAAGAUGUCAUUAUUCCAACUAUUAUAGCCCACUGAACCUAUAAAUAACCUUUUUAUCUUUAUAGCUAUACACUAUAUAUGUAUGUAUAUACAGAGUACAAUACAAUAACUUAACACUGGGUAACUUCUAAUGAUUGAUUUGCAUUAAUAAUACGGGUCUAUUUUUAUGUAAAUAGAAUACUGUAGAGUAUCUUCCAGGCUUUUUCAGGAUUGUUAAAUUGAGAAGAGCAAUUGAAUAUUUGUCCUAUUUUUAUGUUAAAAAGUGAAUGGACUGAAAUGUUAAAUGUGAAUGUAAAUUUCUUAUUGCAACUUUUAUACUGAGUGUUUGCACUAUUAUAAUUUCUGGAAUCUAAUUAAAAUAAAGGAAAAAAU